CUUCGCGCCCCCCCCCCCCCCUCGCGUGUCCUUUGCAAUCCGGGGCGGCCGCGAGACAACAACGCCAUCGGGGACUGACAGUAUGGGCCUCGCGGCGAAUGGGUCCGUGCGGGUUGAAUGGGUUGUAGCAGUCUCAUUUGCGGCAGGAGCAGCAGCAGUUGGAUAUCUCGCUUACAAAAAAUUCUUUAGCAAGGACAAAUGCUGUAGUGGGAUGGUAAACGUCCAUAUUCAGAAAGAUAACCCGAAAGUAGUUCAUGCGUUUGAUAUGGAAGAUUUGGGGGACAAAGCUGUGUAUUGCCGGUGUUGGAGGUCUAAGAAGUUCCCACUGUGCGAUGGUUCCCACACAAAGCAUAAUGAUGAAACAGGAGACAAUGUGGGACCUCUCAUCAUCAAGAAGAAAGAUUCUUAAAGAGCAAAUGAUUUGGGUACCAUGAAAAUGACCUUCUCGCAGUGCUCUCUGCUUCCUUGUAACUCUGUAAAAGUUGCAGGUCUUAAGUCAUUUCACUGGAGACUUUUUAGAUAUGGUAUACAGUAUACUGCAGCACAUGUAAUUCAUGUUGUUUGCCUUGCUUAACACUACAAUGUUAGACAUCAAUCUUUCUGACUUAACUGAUUUUGUCUCUCUCUGAAGUGUACAUUCUUAUUAAGUGUUUAAAAGGGCAGCAGCCCUUUAGAAUGUACUCUGAAAGUGUAUAUUUGAAUGAUACAUUAAAUUAUUUUCAAAUA